AGGAACGCCCUCCUUUGUUAACCCCAUACAGUGUCUACGCUAUGUUGUUGUAAAUGUUCCUGUCAUUAUCCGUUAGCAAGCUAACACAACCUUUUUCCUAAAAAAAAUGUCUAAUAUACAGUUAUUGAGAGUGUUUCUCAGCCAGAGAUUGACAAUGGCAGCUGAGGAGAUAUUCGGCGUCAUUGAAGAAACGAUUGCAGAGUACCAGGAAGAGAACAGCCGUCUGCGUAGCAUGCUCGAUGUAGUUAUUAAACCAGAUAUACUAUUACACAGAAUAGACAUCCAACAGUCCACCCACCACCCUGUAUCUGAAAAUGAGGUUCUCCCUGAGCAGCAACACUGUGAGCAGGAGUGGAGCCCCAGGCUGGGGAAGGAAGACCCACAUUACAUACAGAUAAAAGAGGAACCGGAGGAACUAGAGUCAUCUUUGAAAAAUGACUCCAACCACCAGGACCUGACUCAGUCCUCACUUCUUUAUGAAACCCAAAGUGAAGACUAUGAAGCGACGUACUGUCUUCCCAGCACCUCAACUGCACAGAGGAACUACUCUCUACCCAGCACCUUAACUGAACAGAACAUGAUACAGAUCAAAUCAGAACUUGAUGCAGAAGACAAUGGAGUAUCAGAACCAUCCCGUGAGCCUCAGCCCCUAUUUGCAGAAAAUCUAGAGUCUUCUGCAGCUCAGAGUAAAAACAUGAAAUGUGUCAAAGGGGUAGAGAGUAGACCUCUGUCAGGUUCAAAGCCACUGAAAUCAAAGAGAUCACAGACAGUAAGAAAACAAAGUGCCUAUAUCCACUGUAAAUUUUGUGGAAUGUAUUUCUCCUACUUAGCUUCUUUAGUGAAUCAUGCAAGAAAGCAUGCACAGGACAAAGAAUGUCUAUGUGGUGUGUGUGGAAUACACUUAGAGUCCACAGAAAGCAUGUUAGAUCAUCUAGAAACCCACGUUGGAGCUAGAGUUUGUCAUGUUUGUGGUACAUUUUUCCCUGGGAGUGCUGAGCUGAAUGAUCAUAUGAAGGUUCACCCAGGGCAGAAAUUGUUUCGCUGUCCUGAUUGUGGCAAGUGUUUCAGAAAAAAUCCAGAUCUCACAGCGCACAAGAGGAUUCAUACAGGGGAGAGACCGUACCGCUGCCAGUUUUGUGGCAAAGGAUUCAGUCAGAGUGGAAACCUGGCUGUGCAUAUGAAGAGCCACUCUGGGGAGAAACCACAUUGCUGCCCUGUUUGUGGGAAAUGUUUCAGCAGUAAACCUUAUAUGAACACACACAUGAAGAUUCACACAGGGGAGAGGCCAUUUUGCUGUCGUUUAUGCGGAAAAUGUUUCAUAAGAAACCCUGAUCUGACAGUCCACAUGAGGACUCAUACAGGGGUGAAACCAUAUAAGUGCCAGUAUUGUGGCCAAGGAUUCAAGCAGAAUUAUCACCGGAAACUACACAUGAAGAUCCACAUGGGAAAACCCACAUCAUUGCCAUCUUUGUGACAUGUAUUUCAGCACUAGCACCCAGUCAACCUGGCAUGAGAUUUCACAUGGAAGAGAAGACUUCACUGCAGUGACUGGCAGAGGCUUUGCAUAGACUGGAAGGUUGGGAGGACAUAUCAUGACAAUGCACAGAAUACUUUAGUGUAGAAAAUACUGACUGUAGACCUUGUUUGUGAUACAUGUUUCACUCAGACGCUUUAUUGAGGAAAUAUUUUUAUUCCAGUGACUGUUAAUGUGGUUGUUUUACCUGUUUUGAAAUCACUGACUGUAAGUUUCUCUGGGUAAGACAGUGCAAUUAUGUUUCACUGUUAGUCUACACCUGUUGCUUACAAAGUGUGUCACAAAGAAAAUGUUUUGAUUUGAUUGCUGCUAAAUGCUUCAAAUGGAUGAAGGUCUGAGAACAUUCACAAGAGGGAUAAACCACAAUAACAACCUGAUGAAAAUCCUCCUGACCAGACGGCAGUAGUUUCCUGUGUAGGGAGAGUGUUUCAGACCGUACAAGAGGUGCAUUAAAACAUGUAGUUCUCUGAAUCGACUGGCUUUAUUUCUAUGAAAUACAGUGCCUUCAGAAAGUAUUCAUACCCCUUGACUUAUUCCACAUUUUGUUGUGUUACAGCCUGUAUUCAAAGUUGAUUCAUAUUUUUCCUCACCCAUCUACACACAAUACC